UAAGUGUAAAGUAUACACAAUGUAAUUUGUUGAAAAAGUAUCAGUAACAAACGAAACAAGAUUUUACAAUCGGCCAAUUCGUUCGCACACAUGCGCAGUGCAAAACGCACUUUGAUAAGGUCGUGAGAAAUCGUUUGGUCGAUUGCGCGUCACGUACAAACUCUGCCCAGGCUGCAAACCUAACCUGAAACCAAUAGUCAAACGCAGUGUACAUCUCGCCGCUGAUGCUUUCCGGACGGUGUUUUCAAUGCAGUUCGCGUUCGGUCGUCUAAUGUGCCGCAUUGUGAUGGAAUAAACCCGGCGCGCCCGGCGCACAAGACAACUACUUCGACAUAAUCACUGCUGUGUUUUGAUCAUCUCGCGACUUCGCCUGGUUCAGUUUUUCCGCACACGACGCUCGGCGGCGACGAGCACAACCAGCGCAACCAGCUUUUGCUUGUUGUGUGCGCCCGCAAUCAAUGAUCGAGUGUCGAGUGGGGAGUCAGUCCAAGUCCGAGCUGCUGGUGCCGCUGGUGCUGCUCGACGGACAUUAAACGGGUUGACAUCACAUCCCAUCGACGAAGAAGUAAAACACGCGUCAGAAAGUUACACUCAAGCAGCAAAAAAAAAAUCAGUGCGCCAAUUGCACGAUUAUCGAACUUUUUCCGGAGCGAGAUUCUCGCGUCGUGCUAAUUGAAUAAUAUUAAUUCGAUGUUAUUGGCGUGGUACUCGACGUACUCUACAUGUUCGCGAGUGUGCAGUGCGGAUUCAACAAUCUAUCGAAACCCAUUUCGGAUGGUGGGACGGGUUGUACGCUUUCCGCGCUGACACAGGAGUGAUUUUCGCGUCGUGUGAAAACUUUCGUGCGAGUCAAAAGUGCGGUGCGCUAGGGCCGAAGUGAAACAGUAGACGCUCGAAACACCAAUACGAAACUUUGAUGUUUGAGGUGAGUCGAGUGUGAAGUGCGUCGAAUGCGAGGCUUUGCUGCUUCGAGCACGUUUGGGAUCGCAACAUUUGAUGACAUUUUAAUCAUGGUUUGAUCCAGUCAAUUAUGUAAUUGCGAGCAUGAUGAGCAAAGACGACAAGAACACCACGGACGCGUGCAAUGGGGCGGCGCAGUGUCUUGCCCAAGGGCAACCGCAACCACAGGCCCAAGGGGGCAACAAGGAGCAGCCACCGACGACGAAUGGGUCACGCGUCGGCAGCGGCGGCUUCGAAUUCAUCAUUCCACCGGAAGCGCCCGUGUUUAGUCCUACCGAAGCGGAAUUUCAGGAGCCGCUCGUUUACAUCGAUAAAAUUCGCCCGAUCGCCGAGAAGUUUGGCAUCUGUAAAAUUAAACCGCCGGCUAAUUGGCAACCACCGUUUACGGUAGACGUGGACAAAUUGAAGUUUACGCCCCGAAUACAGCGCUUAAAUGAGCUGGAAGCAAAAACGCGCAUCAAGUUAAACUUCCUCGACCAGAUCGCGAAGUUCUGGGAGCUGCAGGGUUCAUCGCUGAAAAUCCCAAUGGUGGAAAAACGUGCGCUGGAUUUGUAUACGCUUCAUCGACUUGUCGAGAACGAGGGUGGUUUCGUCCACGCGACUAACGGACGCAAGUGGGCGAAGAUCGCCGUGCACAUGGGAUAUCCAUACGGGAAGGGCACCGGAACCAUUUUGAAAACUCAUUAUGAGCGACUUUUAUACCCAUAUGAAUUGUUCAUAAAUGAGAAAAAGAACCCUGGGGAAAUAUUCGAAAUCAUUAAAGAGCCGAAAGACGACGAUUACAGACCACCUGUCAAAGUUGACGUACCCACCGGAAGUCCAAAGAAAAAUGGCGUUAUGCGCCGAUCAUUAAAAAGCGCCGAAAAACCGAAGGAUGGGAAAAAAGCUAAAAGUAAUGGUGAUGUUGAGAUUAAACAAGAUUCCUCUGAUGAUAAGGAGAUGGACGAAAAGGAUUCCAAGCGUGAUAACAAAGAAAACAAGGAAAAAGAUAAAGAUGUAAAGGAAGAUAUCAAAGAGCUCAACGGCACCAAACUACGAUCGCCUAUCAAAGAUGAAUCCGGUGAGGUGGGCAGUAAGGAACUGAAACGUCUGCAGUUCUUCGGCGCUGGGCCUAAGAUGGCCGGUUUCAACGUUCGUAAGAAGGCGGAUGACAAGACGCGUGGCAAGGUUAUUGACUAUCAAUUUGACUGUGAUCCUCUUGCUAAGUACAUCUGUCAGAAUUGCAAGCGCGGUGACGCCGAAGAGCAGAUGCUGCUCUGCGAUGGUUGUGAUGAUAGCUAUCACACGUUCUGUCUGAUGCCGCCACUUGCGGAGAUUCCCAAAGGUGAUUGGUGUUGUCCGCGGUGCAUUGCCGCAGAGGUGAGCAAGCCGACAGAGGCGUUUGGGUUCGAGCAAGCGCACAGAGAGUACAAUCUGCAGCAGUUUGGCGAAAUGGCGGAUACAUUCAAGUCUGAGUAUUUUAAUAUGCCUGUUCAUCUUGUUUCUACUUCAAUGGUGGAGAAAGAGUUCUGGCGAAUUGUUUCUUCCAUUGAUGAGGAUGUCACAGUCGAGUAUGGCGCUGAUUUACACACAAUGGAUCACGGUUCUGGAUUCCCGACGAAGAAUUCCAUCAAUUUGCAGCCGGGGGAUCAGGAAUACGCAUGCUCCGGUUGGAAUUUGAACAAUUUACCUGUCCUGGAAGGUUCUGUGCUUGGAUACAUAAAUGCGGACAUUUCUGGAAUGAAAGUUCCAUGGAUGUAUGUUGGAAUGUGUUUUGCAACAUUCUGUUGGCACAACGAGGAUCACUGGAGCUAUUCCAUCAAUUACCUGCACUGGGGCGAACCAAAAACUUGGUACGGCGUAUCCGGAAUGCAGGCGGAACUUUUCGAAAAGACAAUGAAGAGUGCCGCACCGGAACUCUUCCACACUCAGCCGGAUUUACUGCAUCAGCUUGUGACGAUUAUGAAUCCGAACAUUUUGAUGAAUGCCGGAGUGAAAGUCUUCCGCACUGACCAACAUGCUGGCGAGUUUGUCAUCACGUUUCCACGCGCAUAUCACGCUGGUUUCAAUCAAGGGUAUAACUUUGCCGAAGCUGUCAACUUUGCGCCGGCCGACUGGAUUGCUAUGGGUCGAGAAUGCGUCAUGCAUUAUUCGCAAUUACGCCGAUUUUGCGUUUUCUCGCAUGACGAACUUGUGUGCAAAAUGGCGACCAACUCUGAUAAGUUGGAUAUUACUGUGGCAGCCGCAACGUAUACUGAUAUGCUGCGAAUGGUCGAAACUGAGAAGAAACUACGGAAAAGUUUAUUGGAUUGGGGCGUAACAAAUGCCGAGCGCGAAGCGUUUGAACUUCUCCCAGACGACGAACGGCAGUGCGAAAUCUGCAAGACAACGUGUUUUAUGUCCGCGCUCACCUGCGGAUGCACCAAGGACAUCGUCUGCUUGCGUCAUUAUUCUUCCCUUUGCAAAUGCGCGCCUAAUAAACACACCCUGCGCUACAGGUACACGCUCGACGAAUUACUUCCAUUGCUGCGAAGUCUCAAACAAAAAGCGGAGUCGUUCGAUCGAUGGGCCGACGGCGUCAAGAAGGUGCUCGAUCGGAAGCAUCCGAAAAGCGUAACGCUCAAUGAAUUACGCGCGCUGGCUGCUGAAGCCGAAGGUAAAAGUUUUCCUAAAUCUGAUUUGAUGCAAACGCUCGCGAAUGCCAUAGAAGACGCCGAAAAAUGCGCCAGCGUCAUACGCCAACUCGAUCUUAAAAAGGUACGCACGCGAAAUUCGUAUGAUCAGAAAAAUAAACUCACUCUCGAAGAGUUGCGCCUGUUUUACGAGGAGAUUGAUAGUUUAGCGUGUAUUUUAGACGAGGAAAAGAUCAUCAAGGAUCUUUUAGAUCGUACGAAUAACUUUGAAAAGGAAGCUGAGAGAUUGUUACAAGUGGCGCUCUCAGAUUGUAAGUUGAAGGAGGUGGAGGAGACGAUUAACUCGAGUAAUGAUUUGUGUAUUGAACUCCCCACGUUGAAGGCGCUUUCCGAUCGUCAUAGUCAAUUAAAAUGGGUGAAGGAAGUGUUUGACGCGCGUAAAAAGUCCGGCGACAUAGCGGACAUUGAGACUUUGCAAACAUUGUUGCGCAAAGGAAUUGUGUUACCAAAUGAUUCUCUCAUUGAGAGUAUGUUGAGUGAUAUACAGGGUGUUAUAACUCAGGCACAGGACUGGGAAGCUAAAGCACAAGCACUAUUUAAGAAAACCGGUCCAGAUGUGUUAUCAGAAGCGGAAAACUUGAUAAAAGCGGCGGGUAAAAUUGAUGUGUACCUUCCAACUGAAAAUCAUUUGGUUGACAGUGUAAAUAAUGUCAAAGAUUGGUACAAACUUCUCAAAGAAAUGAACUCGUUGGAGUUUUAUCCGUAUCUGUCUUCAAUAGAAGAUUUGAUCAAAAAGAGCAAAAGUUUUCCGUUUCAAUUGGAGGAAGUGGAUCGCCUUAAAGGCUAUGUGAAGGGCGCGACGGAAUGGAAGGAAAAAACGUCGAAAACUUUUUUGCGGAAGACUGCUACAACAACUUUAAUGGACGCAUUGUCUCCACGAUCUCAGAUUGCUCCCGCUAAAGGCCGGAAGAGAAACACAGAGGAUGUUUUCAAGAUAACGGAAAAUAUGGAUCAAGCAUCACUGGUUGCGGCGUUUAAGGACGCGGAAGACCGUGAAAUGAAAUUUAUCGAGACGACGAGGCUCGCUAAUCAGGCAAAAGUAUUGACAAAAGAGUCCGAAUCGACAUUCUGCGUGUGUUUAAAGCCUGCAUCUGGAUUGAUGAUGAAAUGCGAACUGUGUAAUGAUUGGUUUCAUUCCGGAUGCGUGCCGCUGCCGAAAGUAAGCGGACGACGACUGCGCAAGAACCUAAAAGCAUCCGGCAUCCAUAUUGGUUUCAAAGAUUGUAAGUUCCUUUGCACGAAUUGUAAUCGUACGCGACGUCCGCGCCUGGAAACAAUUCUGUGCCUUCUCAUGGCGCUGCAGAAACUGCUAACAAGAAUACCGGAAGGUGACGCGUUGCAGUGUUUGACUGAGCGCGCUAUGAAUUGGCAGGACCGGGCGCGAAAUUUGUUGAGUCAUCCGGAUGUUGCGGCUGCAACGGCGAAGAUUCAAACCAUGACGCAGAAGUAUAAUGAUUCUAAAUCGAAGCACGACAAGAACGGAGAUGUAAAGAAGAGUGAUAAAGACGCUUCGUUGGUGUCGAUGAGCAGCGAAGAUGAGUCGCAGUCGGCGAUAAGUAGUAUUUCUUCAGAUGAUGAAGAUUGUAAAGAAGAACACGCAUAUUCGAUGCACUCGAAGCUAGCCGAGAAUGAUUUCUGUGUGCAGCUAAAAGAAGGCACCAAGGAAUUAUUAGCGGAUUUGCUGAUGGAAGGCGAUAUGUUGGAGGUGUCGCUGGAAGAGAACGUGCAAUUGUUUCAGGUGGCGUUUAUGGCCAGAGAUUACGUCAAGAAUCCAAAUAUAAUUGAUUUCGAUGUUGCAACUAAGACGCAAACACCUCGAAAGGGGCGGAAACGCCGCUCGGAGACUGAAGAACCCGCGAAGAAAAAGGAGCUGACUGCAGUGAAGAAGCCCAAAAAGCGGAAUCAAAAGGAGCCGGGCGGUAAUGGCGUGAAAGCGGCAGCGUCGGCAACGCGUAAACGCAAAGGCCGGGCGCGUAAUUCGCAAUCGAGCUCCGAUGAGGAAGCUGACGAGGACGCAAUGUGCGCGGUUGCCAAGUGCCUCAAGCCCGUCGGCGAUGAAGUCGAUUGGGUUCAGUGCGACGGCGGCUGCGAACAGUGGUUCCACAUGGCGUGCGUCGGUCUCUCGGCGAAAGACAUUAACGAGGACGAGGAUUACUACUGCUCGGCGUGUUCGCCCCCUGAGACGGUGAAAGAACAAUUGAAACUGGCGAACAGCGCCAGCGAGCUAGUUAUAGAGUAUUAAAUUUACAUAAUUUCAUACGUAGUUGAAGAUGUAAGUGGCGCGAAGACCAAAAACAAUUGGUGUCAUAUUUCGUCAAUUUUUGAUGUCACUGAUGUGAGUUUAGCUAAUUGAAUUCGAGAUCGUUACACAUUGUCUUGAAAUUGUUGCGUAUAGGUUUCAUUCAGCGGCUUGCAAUAUGCGAUUUUACUUUUAAAAAUGAUGCGUUCUAUUUGUGAUAAUUUUAGUUAUAAUGACACCAGGCCUUCGGAGUGAAUCCCCAGUGUAAUUUACUAAUUAAUCUUUUUCGUCGUUUAUUUAUUUACAUUCUAAGUAUAUUUCGCUACUAAAUAUUGUAUUUCUACUUUAUAACUUACGAAUUGUGUUUAGUCACGUUGAUUUUCUUCGAAUCAUUUUAAGCACACAAGGCGUCGGGGCGGAAAUUAAAGAAACAGUAUUGCGUUUGUUUGAAUAGAGUGUAUAAUGUAUAUAGAUUACGUGUAGGACGGAACGAUUGGUUACUUUGCGUAGUGUUCAUUUAUUUUUAUACGAAAAUCCAGCAGCGGCGAUGCGAGAAGCAAACAAGUGACGUUGCUUUACAUUCGCAGAUUGAACGCUGCAUCUGAGCGCAAACAACAUGAAUGUUACUUAAGUAUUACGUUUAUUGUAAAUACUUUGUGGAUGUGUUAAUUACUACUUUAUUCACAAGAUAUAGUAUAAUUUUUUAAUGGAUAACAAGAUUUUGCAUUAUACACACACACACACAUGCACGCCACGCACGCGCACGUUAGCGAAAUCUCAUUUUGAGACCUUUGAGGGAUAAUCACUGAUUGACUUUAUUACACAUGAGAUCAAAUUUAGCAAAAUCAGCAUCAUUGAAUAUAUUUUUCAAUUAA